UUCUUUCUUGUUUCAGAUAAUGGUCGUACACUAGAGUUCCCAGGACCUUUCUCCUUCAUCAGCAAGCGUUUGCUGAACCACACCAUAGGAACUAAAAUUGUUGCUGAUUUUGAGAACUGUAAGCUGCAUUGUUACUACGAACACAACUGCGUGAGUGUCAACUAUCGCGUGAGCACAAAAGCAUGUGAGUUAAACAACGCUACUCAUCGAUGGCAUAAUAACGAAUUCAAAGAUGAAAAGGGUUAUCUCUAUCAUGGAGCAGAUGUAAGUUAUUUCUAGUUAACUGCUCUCCUUUCCCUUCCCCCUUUUCCUCCUCCUCCUCCUCCUCAUCAUCAUCCGAUAAUCAUCAUCAUCAUCAUCAAGAUCAUCAUCAUUCAUUAUCUUCAUCAUCAUUAUCAUCAUCAUCACCGUUAACAUCGUUUUUCGUUCAAUUUUCUUCUUCUUCUUCUUCUUCUUCUUCUUCUUCUUCUUAAGGUGAAAAGCAAAAUUUCCACUGAUUAUAUCUCUUCACUCUAAUCAUCCAGCUACUCAUUUGCUUCAUUUACUAUUUUCUCUGUUUCUCUUUUAAGAAUGUCUGUGAAGAGUUCCAUUGUUUAAAUGGAGGAACCUGUCAAUCCGGAUUCUCAGCAGAAAGAUAUCGAUGUUUGUGCCCUCCUGGUUUUAGGGGUAAACGCUGUCAAAAUGGUAAGAACUCAAUACUAAGCAAAAUAGUGUAA